AUGAAAGAGAUUUGGCUCAGAAAUAAUUUAUCAAAAGAUACGACAGAAAUUUUAUGUGCCGCGUAUGUUAUUUCCUUAGUGCCUGUUCAAUUUAUUUUGGAUGCUCAUUCAGAGUUUGCACUCCUUGCUGCAAAAAAUGAGGAAUGUAAAAAUUUUGCUCACGAGGUGAUGCAAAUAAUUUCAAAAAUGGGAUCAAAAAUUAGCAUCGUUGAUAAAACUUUACCAACUUAUAACAAUGUCUUUCAAAUUUCGGAAAAACAAUUUGAUUUAGUCAAAAAGAGCAAAUCACCUGGACAAUUAGUUGAAAAUCUUGAUGAUUUACUAACAGAGCGACAAAAAACUAAGACCAAAUCUGAAUUUUGCAAAAUUAUGGAAGAUACGAUUCAUAAAUUGCAAGAUGUCCCUAGGUUGACAGCCAAAGCAGCAUUUAAAAUAAUGCAUGAUAAAGUAAACAAAAUUUUCAAACCCACAAAACUUCCACCGUUGGCAAGACUUAGAAGAAUAAAUGUAGAUUCUCCCGCUGAAAUUGAAGAGAGUAACGUCGAAGCAACACCAGAGACGCAAACAAAAGAAAUGGAAGACGCAGAAGAGGCGGAAGGUGUCAUUGUAGCGGAAAUUACUAUCCCCUCUGAUAUAAUAUCUGAUCCAACCGACGUUUUUCUACCAAUAGAUGCGUUACACCUGAGCCAAAUUUCUGUAGACAGUUACAUUGAUACUAUAACAACUGAUCCAGAGAACGGCUUUCUAUCAGAAGAUGCGAUAAACGUCAACCAAAUUACAUUUAAUAAUGAGAUUCGCAGAAUUAUCAACUUUGAUAAUCUGGAAAUGAUAAUUGAUGAAAAUACAGAGAAGGAAACAGAUGAAAAUGAAGAAAACUCCAAUGGAAGCGAGAUUAAUCAGCAAUUGACAAGUCAACAGGAGCUUAUAGCUGCAGAAAACUCGGAAAAUAAACAAAAAGAGGCAGAUGAAGAAAACUACCAGAAGUCCAAUCAGCAAAAGUCUACUGAUGUAAUGAACUCGAAAUAUAAAAACCACAAACAUAACAGGAAACCAACAUGGAGGUCAACAUCCUAUAAGUUAAAAAACUUUUAUAAAGUUCAGAUUCCUCAAUGGCAACUAAACCCUAACCAACCCCGAUGGCAACCAAGCCCUAACCAUCCCCGAUGGCAACCAUACACUCAACAUCCCAGAUGGCAACCAUAUCCUCAACAACUCAGAUGGCAACCCUAUCCUCACCAUUCCCAAGGAAAUCUGCACACUCAUUAUCGUCGAGCAAGAAAAUGA